GGGGCGCCGUGCGCAGGGUCAAGAGCCCGGAGCUGCGGGGCCCGCAGUCGCCCUGCGGUCCGAGCGCGCGCCAUGAGGGAGAUCGUGCACAUCCAGGCCGGCCAAUGCGGGAACCAGAUUGGCACCAAGUUUUGGGAAGUGAUCAGCGACGAACACGGCAUCGACCCGGCCGGAGGCUACGUGGGCGACUCGGCGCUCCAGCUGGAGAGGAUCAACGUCUACUACAAUGAGUCAUCGUCUCAGAAAUACGUGCCCAGGGCCGCCCUGGUGGACUUGGAGCCGGGCACCAUGGACAGUGUGCGGUCCGGGCCUUUCGGGCAGCUCUUCCGGCCUGACAACUUCAUUUUUGGACAGACCGGUGCCGGGAACAACUGGGCCAAGGGCCACUACACGGAGGGCGCUGAGCUGGUGGACGCCGUCCUGGACGUGGUGCGGAAGGAGUGUGAGCACUGUGACUGCCUGCAGGGCUUCCAGCUGACCCACUCGCUGGGGGGCGGCACGGGGUCGGGGAUGGGGACCCUCCUCAUCAGCAAGAUCCGGGAGGAGUACCCCGACCGCAUCAUGAACACCUUCAGCGUGAUGCCCUCGCCCAAGGUGUCAGACACUGUGGUCGAGCCCUACAACGCCACCCUCUCUGUGCACCAGCUGGUGGAGAACACAGACGAGACCUACUGCAUCGACAACGAGGCGCUGUACGACAUCUGCUUCCGCACCCUCAAGCUGACCACGCCCACCUACGGGGACCUCAACCACCUGGUGUCGGCCACCAUGAGCGGCGUCACCACCUCCCUGCGCUUCCCAGGCCAGCUCAACGCCGACCUGCGCAAGCUGGCCGUGAACAUGGUGCCCUUCCCCCGCCUGCACUUCUUCAUGCCCGGCUUCGCGCCACUCACCGCCCGGGGCAGCCAGCAGUACCGCGCGCUGACGGUGCCCGAGCUCACCCAGCAGAUGUUCGACGCCAAGAACAUGAUGGCCGCCUGCGACCCGCGCCACGGCCGCUACUUGACCGUGGCCGCCAUCUUCCGGGGCCGCAUGUCCAUGAAGGAGGUGGACGAGCAGAUGCUGAACGUGCAGAACAAGAACAGCAGCUACUUCGUGGAGUGGAUCCCCAACAACGUGAAGACGGCCGUGUGCGACAUCCCGCCCCGCGGGCUCAAGAUGUCGGCCACCUUCAUCGGCAACAGCACGGCCAUCCAGGAGCUGUUCAAGCGCAUCUCGGAGCAGUUCACGGCCAUGUUCCGGCGCAAGGCCUUCCUGCACUGGUUCACGGGCGAGGGCAUGGACGAGAUGGAGUUCACCGAGGCGGAGAGCAACAUGAACGACCUGGUGUCCGAGUACCAGCAGUACCAGGACGCCACGGCCGACGAGGGCGAGGAGGCCUUUGAGGACGAGGACGAGGAGGUCGACGAGUAGCGUGGCCCCUGCCGCCACCACCCGGGCCCAGACGUCCUCCCUCCAGCUCCGGUGUGUUGUGACCUCAUGGUGGCCGAGCGGAGCCCUGGUCUGAGUACGUGGGUUCAGGCCCCUCGGGAAGGCGGCGGGACUGCCCUGCCAACCAUCCGGGAUAAAGGACACCAGAGAGCAGGGACCGGCGGCCCUACCCAACGACGUCAGACCAAAGAUCUCCACCCGAGGGCUUGAAAGAAUGCACGGGCCAUAAAUAAAGGGCUGGAGAAAUAAAGCUUCACCUUCUGUUAAGUGUUCAACCAGGGGUGAGAAUCAGGGGGAGUUAGAAACAGUGUGUCCAUCCUGUGGGGACACCGGGCGCUGUGAGGUGCUGCCCCACAAUGUGCGGCCCCGCACUUGGAAACAACCCUCCUAAUAAAACCCUACACUGCC